AUGGGCGAUGGCUGGCUGCCCCCGGACUGCCAGCCGCACAACAGGUCCGGCUCGCCGCCGCCCGCGUCCCCCGGCAGCGCCGCCACGCCGGCGCCCGGCAACCGGCACGAGGUGCUGUCGCAGCAGUGGACGGCGGGCAUGGGCCUGCUGAUGGUGCUGGUGGUGCUGCUCAUCGUGGCGGGCAACGUGCUGGUGAUCGCGGCCAUCCGGCGCACGCAGCGCCUGCAGACGCUGACCAACCUGUUCAUCACCUCGCUGGCCUGCGCCGACCUGGUGAUGGGCUUGCUGGUGGUGCCCUUCGGGGCCACGCAGGUGGUGCAGGGCCGCUGGGUCUGGGGCUCCUUUCUGUGCGAGUGCUGGACCUCGCUGGACGUGCUGUGCGUGACGGCCAGCAUCGAGACCCUGUGCGUCAUCGCCAUCGACCGCUACCUGGCCAUCACCUGGCCUUUCCGCUACCAGAGCCUCAUGACCAAGGGUCGGGCCAAGGGCAUCAUCUGCACCGUGUGGGGCAUCUCCGCUCUGGUCUCCUUCCUGCCCAUCAUGAUGCACUGGUGGCGGGAUGAGGAUCCCCAGGCUCUGGAUUGCUACCAGGACCCCGGCUGCUGCGACUUCGUCACCAACAGGGCCUACGCCAUCGCCUCCUCCAUCAUCUCCUUCUACAUCCCUCUGCUCAUCAUGAUCUUUGUCUACAUCAGGGUGUACAGAGAGGCCAAGGAGCAGAUCAAGAAGAUUGACCGAUGCGAGGGCAGGUUCCACAACAACCACCACCACCAGCCUCCUGCCCAAGGCCACUCUCACCACCAGCCCAUGCUGGGCAACGGCAGGGCCAGCAAGAGGAAGAGCUCCCGGAUCAUGGCCAUGAGGGAGCAGAAAGCCCUCAAGACCUUGGGUAUCAUCAUGGGAAUCUUCACUCUCUGCUGGCUUCCUUUCUUUCUGGUCAACGUGGUCAACGUCUUCAACAGGGACCUGGUGCCAGACCAGCUCUUUGUCUUCUUCAACUGGCUGGGAUAUGCCAACUCCGCUUUCAACCCCAUCAUCUACUGCCGCAGCCCUGACUUCCGCAAGGCUUUCAAGAGGCUGCUUUGCUGCCCCCGGAAAGCUGACAGGAGGCUGCAUGCCAGCGGUGAGGAGCUCUCCCGGUUCCCAGGGAGUUUCAUCAAUACUUUGGGCACCCCCGAGCGCAGCCUAGGAGGGAUGUGGUCCGACUGCAAUGGGGGUACGCAGGGAGGCAGCGACUCCAGCCUGGAGGAAAGGAAUAGCAAAACCUCCUAUUCCGAAUCCAAGGUAUAAGGACGGGGCAGGGGUGGCACUGGGGGACACCCUGGACACUGAGCACGAAGAAAGCCAGCCAGGGAAUAAGUGAGAGGAAAAAAUAUCAGGAGUCUGGUUAAGCAAACAAACACCAAACAAAACCAAUCUCUGUCUCACUGGGGAGAAUAUCUGUGUUUACUGAAGACUAAAAGCAGGUGAACUUGUGUGCAACAUACCUCAUCUGACGUUAAAGGAAGCCACUGACGGCUGAACAAAGGAAAUUAAAAGCUGUCUCAAGCUCUUUUUUUUUUUUUUAUUUUCUAACAGGGAGUUAGGUGGCAACAGGCAUUUUGAAAGGGAAUAAGAAAAAAAUCCUUUACUCAGUUGACCUGCUCUAAGAGCUGCGCUUGCGGUAGAGCCCGAUCCUGAAGUAUUGGGAGUUUAACCACUGACUUCACUGUAGCCGGGAUCGUGCUGUAUUUAACCUCGCUUUCAAGCUGAGGACUGUAAGCUCUCCCUGCCCCUACUCUUGGUGGCUGCAGUCCUUGUUUCACACACAGACAAAAAAACCAGUCUGAUUUGAACAAGUGCUGCUUGCACACAGCCCUGUUGAAGUUAGUGGGAGCUGCAGGUGAUCAGCACUUUUUGCAAAUCGGGCUUAACAGUCCUUUAUAAAAGUGUGUCUGUCAUCUGACAAGUUUGAUUUUAAACUUCAAGUAGCUGCAUUCCCCUGUUGUUUAAAGUAAAGAUGAAGGGAAAAAAUUAACUAAUGAAGAAUAUUGAUAUACUUGUAUUUUGAACAGAGCUUUUCUGAUUAUUAUCUUCUGCAUCAGCAACCGGUUGACUUCUUAUGCUUAUCUUUUCUUGCCAGACCAUACCAAUCAGGCUGAGAAACUUUCUACCUCAAACUGUGCAUAUUGUACAGGGGAAUAAAAAGACAUGUUUAUAUUAAACAGCUUAUUUAUGUAUCGAUAUUAUUAUUUUCUAAAAAGAGGCAGUGAGCCUUCUGCAACUUGUUCAUUGUAAUUGAAGAUGAACAGUACAAAAAUAAAUGAAUCCUGGCAACAACAAAAAAUUUACUGCACAUAAAAAAAAAUGGCGACAGAGCCAUUUUUGCACAGUGUUAAGAAUCGUAAAAUUAAUUGAAGAUGUUCCUUGCACAAAAAAAAUUAAAAAUAAAAUGGGGGUUCAAAUAUCAUCAAACCUGAAAAAAAAGUUCUUUCUGCUCUUGUCUAAUAUGUUACAUUUCUAUUGAGAGAGUGACUUUUUAUAUUAUUUUAUCAAGGUACUGUAAAUGCAUCCAUAUUAUAAAUUAAAAUAUCUUAAGGGUCUUUUAUUAUUAUUUUAAUAUUUUAUGUCCAAGUGCCCACGUGAAUCUGCUGUUAUUUUAGCACUUGCGUGUCAUUUCCAUUUUCCUCCCGUGUGUGUUUUUAUAAGGUAUUUAUACUCUGGUGCAAUUUACUACUGUGUAAGUAAUUGGUCUAUGUGCAAUAAAUAACAUUGCAGCACAAACAAGCAUAUAUGUACAGUGUGUCUCUAUAGGUUCUGAAACAGUACCCAGCUAUAAUGGAAAGAACAGAGUUUUGUUUUUCUCAAAAUAUGGAUCAAAUUACCAAUACUCUCCUACCUAAUGGCUUUUCCUGACAAAAUAUGGUUUAAAAAAAGUGUUCUAGACCAAAUAAGGUUGUGUUUUCUGUUGCGUUAAGGGCUGCCGACUUCCCUCAAAAAUUAAUGGCCAAAGACAAGGUGU